GAAAUGAAAUAGCACUCACCUCACUAUAUGUCGCCACGUUGAAAAAAAUCUGUGAAAUUAAAGGGCAAAAACUAGCAGAGUCUAGAGAAGUCCAUUAUUUCUCCAAAUUUGAGUAACAAUGGCGACUACUACUAACUCACUGUCACUCACCUCUGCUUUUCUUCCUCGUCAAGGAUUUCAUCAUCAUCAGACGGUACAAUUGAGAACCCAAAAGAAGCAGUUUGCAAGGAAUGCUCGUUCGGCAACAAUAACAGCUAAAUUUGAACUCCAAUCUCCUCCUUAUCCAACGGAUGCUUUGGAGCCUCAUAUGAGUAGUAGAACAUUUGAAUUCCACUGGGGAAAGCAUCACAGGGCAUAUGUCGACAACUUAAACAAGCAAAUAGAUGGAACAGAACUAGAUGGAAAGACACUAGAACACAUAAUACUCGUUACCUAUAACAAAGGUUCUCCCCUUCCAGCAUUCAACAAUGCUGCUCAGGCCUGGAAUCAUCAGUUCUUCUGGGAAUCUAUGAAACCCAACGGAGGAGGAGAGCCAUCUGGUGAAUUAUUAGAACUAAUCAACAGAGACUUUGGUUCCUAUGAUACAUUUGUUAAAGAAUUUAAGGCAGCUGCAGCAACACAAUUUGGCUCCGGUUGGGCCUGGCUUGCAUACAAACCUGAAGACAAAAAGCUUGCUCUGGUGAAAACUCCUAAUGCUGAAAAUCCUCUUGUUUUGGGUUACACACCGCUGCUCACCAUAGAUGUUUGGGAGCAUGCCUACUAUCUGGACUUUCAGAAUCGGCGACCUGACUACAUAUCUAUCUUUAUGGAGAAGCUUGUGUCAUGGGAAGCAGUCAGUUCUAGGCUUAAAGCAGCAACAGCUUGAGCUGCUUAGCAGGAAAACAGGAAAGGAUGAAGAGGCAAAUCUAGGAGGCACUGAAGGGAGAAAGAUGUACACGCUGAGAGUACAUAAUUGAGGCAGAAUGAAUUUUAUUAAAGAGACACUAUGUUCAAUCAUGCUAUCCUUCUUUUUCAGUGAGAGUUCUAGAUGUCUUAGUUGAGAAUAUGACUAUAUUGUUUAUGGUCUUAAGUAGUUGAUGGCCGGGAAAAAUAAAUGGUACACAAAAUCAAGUUUGAUUUGUGGAACAACAAUGUAGGAGGACAUGAAUAAAGAAAUUUAUUGCACUUUGAUGCUCUAA